AUGCAAGGCACACUAAGCAAAUGGACCAAUUACAUUCAUGGCUGGCAAGACCGAUGGUUUAUUUUACGUGAUGGAACUUUAGCCUAUUUUAAAUCAGAAAGUGAAUUAUCAAUCGGUUGUCGAGGAUCGAUCAGUAUUCGAUCUGCUGCUGUCGAGUGUCAUGAAUUCGAUGACUGCCGAUUUGAUGUUAGCAUUAGCGAUCAAGUUUAUUACUUACGUGCCAAAAGCAAGGAAGAAAGGCAGAGAUGGAUAGAUGCCCUUGAAACUUCGAGAGAAGCUAGUCCUGAUGUCGGUGAGACAAAUUUAAGACGUCAAGGCUCAAUGAUGUCCAUUAGCUCUUACACAAGUCUAUCAACAGCUUCCACCUCAUCUACAAAGCGGGACAAAAAUUUGAAAGAAAAACUUUUGGAAAUGGAGACAUAUAGGGAAAUUCUAUGCCGGCAAGUGGAUACUUUACAACGUUUCUUUGAUAAAUGCUCUGAUGCCGUUGUUGAGGCAGAGCAUAAAAUUGAAGAGUUUAAAAGGAAUGAACCGGACAUGGCAGAUUCUUUACGACCUCCUAGUGAAGACAUUAGAAUGGCUAAUAGUAUUGAUGAAAAAGAGAGAAUCGAUGCCAUUACAGCACUUGAAUUAUUGAAAUCGGGUAUCGACUUUAAAGGGGAAUCAAUCACAUUUAAAGCAACAACUGCUGGAAUUUUAGCAACUUUAUCGCACUGCAUCGAUUUAAUGCUAACUAGAGAAGAUAAAUGGCGUAAACGCUUGGAACGGGAAAUGGAAAAAAGACGUAGGCUACAACAGGAGUACAAGCAGGUGCUUGAAGAUGCGCGAAAGAGAGCUCUUGCUGCGGGUCCUGAUUACCAGGAAGGUCCUAACUGUAUGAUGACCGAUGAGGAAUUUUUCGAUGCUGUCGAAACUGCCCUAGAUAAGGAAGGCACUGAGUUAAAUGAGCAAAAUGAUAUCGAUUUUUACAAUCCAGACGACUCCAAAGCCACUCUCAUGAGAGAGGUUAUCAAAUUAAUAGAUGUUUACAUGAAAUGCUUAUUGGCUUUACUAAUAGAUGGUAGAAUUAUUAUGUCUAUGGAUUCUAAAGUAUCCGAAUAUGUAAGCUGUGUCCGUGAAGAAAUUAAUGAAGAAUGGAAUUUGGUUCAUGAAGAUAAUGAAAUGAAGGUUUAUAGACGUGAAUUGGAGAUAGACGGCGUAGCUUUGGAUCCUUUACGCGCUCAACAUAUUGUCGAUGGUGUCACUGGUCAUGAAGUUUGUAAUAUAUUUUUCGACAAGGAUGUUAGGAUGGAAUGGGAAACAACCUUGGAGUCGACAAAGGUAAUUGAAGAGAUAUCUCAAGAUACGCUUGUUUUUCAUCAACUUAUUAAACGCGUAUGGCCUACCGCACAACGUGAUAUGUGCUUCGCAAGUCAUAUGCGACCAGUUGUAAGAUUAGAAAAUGACAGCAACCCAACCGGCGUAGAUCCUUGGAUUGUCGUCAACUAUUCUAUUGAUCACCCACUUGCUACGGUAAUUAAAUACGUCCGCGUUCAAUUUACAGUUUGCAUGUACUGCGAGACAAUUAUUCGAAAGACAGAUUGUCCAUUGGAGGAAUUAACUCGUAAUGAUAUCGCCAGUAGGAUUGUAUAUAUUGCUCAUGUGAACCCGGGUGGUUGGGCACCACCGGCUGUCGUUAGGGUUGUUACUAAAAGAGAGUAUCCGAAAUUUCUAAGAAAAUUUAGUUCAUAUGUAGAUAAGAAAUUGCAAAAUACUAAAAUAGUGUGGUAA